CCUGUGUACAGUGGAAGUGAUUUGAAAGUUUUAGGGGAAAACUGAGUGACCUCCAGUGAAGAAGAGGCCACGAAGCCCAUGAUGGAUGAAGAGCGCCGACAGCGAGGAGGUGUUGCUAGUGGGUCACUCCGAAAGUGGCAACACUGAACACUGUCUUGAAACUUGGUGGGAAAACUCAGAGGUAGCUGGAAUGAGGUCCAAAGUGUGUGUAGUUCUCCGCUCGAACACCAGGAGUUUCCCUCCAGCACACAAGUGCCACCCGACAAGAGGCGACGUGGACGAGCGCGUCCCCGCUGCGCGCUUCCAACCCGCGCGUCGCCACGAGCUGGGUUCCGCUGUGCUCCGCUGUGCUCGUAUAACGAGGCCAUGACGUGACACUUUCUGACCGGUAUUUUCGGCCAGUGCAGUUCGUACCGUGUGCGUGCGUGCGUGCGUGCCGCUCGACCAUGGACGGUUCCACGGCGGUCGUCCUCAUUUCGGCCGCGAUGUUCCUGGGCUCCUUCUGCCUCGGCUUGAUCCCCCUGCUGGUGAAGCUCUCCGAGAAGAAGCUGCAGUUCGUGAGCCUGCUGGGCGCCGGGUUGCUGUGCGGGACGGCGCUGGCCGUCAUCAUCCCCGAGGGUGUGGAACUGCUCGAAGACGCCUGGGGAGGUCCUGCCCCUCCCUGCACCAGAGCGGAGUCCCGCGAGAACUCCAGCGGACUCGGCCCGUCCGCGGGUACGGGAUCCGGACGGGGCGUGCCCCCCCACUUCUUCAUCGGGGUGUCUCUGGUUGUGGGCUUCAUCCUCAUGUUCAUCGUGGACCAGAUCAGCAGCUACUGCUCAGUGCACGACCCGCGCACAGGCAUGUCCAGCAGCACCAGCAUCACCGCCACGCUGGGACUGGUCAUCCACGCCGCAGCCGACGGCGUCGCCCUCGGGGCAGCGGCAGCCUCCUCCCAGAUCACCGUUCAAGUCAUCGUGUUCUUCGCCGUCAUUCUGCACAAGGCACCGGCAGCGUUCGGCCUGGUCUCCUUCCUGAUGCACGCGGGCCUGGAGAGGAGGCAAAUCCAGACGCACUUGCUGGCAUUCUCAGUGGCAGCGCCCCUGCUGGCCAUCAGCACGUACUUCAUCUUGAGCGCGACCGGAGGCUCCUCGCAGCACCGCCUUGGCGCCACCGGCAUUGGGAUGCUCUUCUCCGCCGGCACCUUCCUCUACGUGGCCACCGUGCACGUGCUGCCAGAGAUCAGCAGCAGGGGCCACCACCACUCGGGCACCGGGCCCUACCCCCAAGGAGGUCUCGGGGUCCUGGAGAGCCUGACCCUCAUCGCCGGGGCGGGGCUUCCUGUGUUGCUGGCGCUCGGCCUUCAUGACGGCUGACCGUGGGGACCAUCUGCACCGCGUGCAGUGCCGAGGGCCCGCUGAGGCAGACAGGGGGGAGUCCGCUGAGGAGGCGGGGCUUGCAGAUGGGCAUUUAUUCAGGGAUCGGCACUCAUCAGGUCGACUAGCGCACCUCGAGAUGGUGAAUUCGGUUUCGUAUUCCGAGCCAUGUGAGAUUAUGAAGGAACUUCUGUGUUUGUCAGCCAAAGAGCCAAACAAACCAAAAAGCCUCGUGGUUAGGAGCCUCUCAGACUUUGCAGUGAUUUACUGUUGUACCUCAUCGGCUACAGCCGUGUGACUGUUAACAGGAGUUUUAGCCACAACCGUCUUUAUUAAAACGUCCAAACUGCUAAAAUGCAUUUCAGUCCACUGGUGUCUCGGUUUUCUGCUGGUCAACAGGAUUCCUGGGUGAAAAUACACAAAGCAGCAAUUCAUUGAUUAUGUAUGGGCAUAAAGGGCAGUUGAAUUGUUGAUAAGAUCAUUCAUGAUUUCGUAUCAGAAAUACCGUGUUGUUAAGCUCGGCGAAACGCCUUCAGAAUGUCCUCAGGCUUUAAAGGGUGUCGUCCAGUGUGGCCGAGAUAAACGCUGCUUUACGUUCUCCGCAUUUUAGCGAAUAUUUUUUGAGCCAAAUCCUCUGUACAAAGCGACGCACGGUGUCAUAUAGUGAUCUUUACAGUGAUUUACCCAUUUCUACAGUAUUGUUAUUGUAUCAGUUGAGGGUAAGUGAAGGGGGGAGGGAGCCGGGUAGAAUAAAUGGACAAUUGUAAGACGCCCAGCUGCCAACAUUUACCAGCUCAGCCAAAGGACUGUAAAGGCAGCUGGUCUAAGAACUUGGAGGAGGUGUGUUUGGAAACGGGUUGAGAGCGGCCUGGAGGAGAAGAGGUUUUGCUGCUUGCCUUUUGCCUGGAAGAGUACAUCACAAAGAGUUCUCUCUCUCUCUCUUUUUUUUUUUUUUUUAAAUUUAUAAUAAAAACCCUUAUUUGGUUAAGAUCUUGCUGUUUCUGGCUUUAGUCCUGCCCUGUGGCCAUGGUGGCUCCAACAGUUAUUUAGUGUUAUUUAAUGAAUCAGCAGCUUUGCUAUAUAUGGUAGUGUCUUCCCAGUAUAACAGGUGUCAUUUUCUAACUGAAUCCUCUUUGUUCAUCAAGGUUUUUCCUGUGCUGAGACCAUCAAGCGGCUCCUUGUUUGCCCUCUGCAUUUGGGAGAUGUUCCCCACUGUGCUCCUUGAUAGCCUCGCCCACAGGGGGGUCGAACCCAAGGUGCAGCUCACUGCCGGCUGACUCCCGAGUUCAGUAAGGACAUGUUUGGGUAGAGGAACC